AUCGGCAUUGGGUUCUGCACCGAGGAGGUGCUGCUGGCGCGACUUCCGGGCUGGGACUCACACUCGUACGGCUAUCACGGCGAUGACGGGCACGCCUUCGCGGGCAGUGGCACGGGGCGGCCGUACGGCCCACCCUUCACAUCAGGGGACGUUGUGGGGGCGCUGUACAAUAAGGCGGAUCGCUCUAUUACGUACUACAAGAAUGGCGAAUCGCUUGGAGUGGCGUUCAGGGACAUCCAUGAGACGUCACCGCUGUAUCCUUGCGUGGGGCUACGCACGAGGGGUGAGGAGGUGGUUGCCAACUUUGGC